AUGCGUCUGAGCUGCGGCGUGUUGGUUCUUCCAGCUCUUCUAGCUCUCGUAGCCGCAAGAGAUGAACGAGCAUACAGAGGAGGUAAAGCCGAGUACAGAAAGGCUGAUCGCAAAGGUCAAACGCAAUUCAACCAUCAAAUAACGCUCGACGGUGUCGCACGGGGAUGCUUCGGCUAUGUCGAUGGCGAGGGAAGUUUCUUUGCCACCCACUGGAUAGCAGAUGAAGCUGGAUACCGAACGUUCAAUCUGUCCAAUCCGGACAAAGUAACGACAGAACGUGUGAAAAUUCACAACGGAGGAAAAGAUGAUCCCAUUUCGGAUUUUUUCCCUAUCGACUGCACUGAGAAGGGCGAUAUGGGAAGGCUGAAGCGCAUGGGUGAGGAGAUUAAGAAAGAAUUCGAAAGUAGUAAUGAUAACGAAGACGACGAUCGGAAUGCACCUGAAGAUUCAAAAGGCAAGUCAAAACCGAAAAAGGGCUCUUCUAAAGAUGCUGACGAUAAAAAUCCGUCAGAAAAAAAAGAAAAACUACGCCUGGUUAAUGUUCGCGACCCUGACUCUUACCGGAAACCGGCAAGAAAGCCAAGUGGAGGUAAAAAACCCGUGAAAUCGCAAAGAAAACCUACCAAGGAACCUGAUGCGUCCAAGCAAGAUCCAAAAGAUGUAAACGAACCAAGCAAGGCUGAUAAAACUGAUCCUAAGCAAGAUCCGAAGUCGGCAAAGGACCCAAGCAAGGCUGAUGAGAAGGAAGACGACAAGGAUAAGCCUGAGGCAUCUCCAAAGAAGGAAUCGACCGAUCCUAAGCAAGAUCCGAAGUCGGCAAAGGACCCAAGCAAGGCUGAUGAGAAGGAAGACGACAAGGAGAAGCCUGAGGCAUCUCCGAAGAAGGGAUCGACCGAUCCCAAGCAAGAUCCGAAGUCAGCAAAGGACCUCAGCAAGGCUGAUGAGAAGGAAGACGACAAGGAGAAGCCUGAGGCAUCUCCGAAGAAGGGAUCGACCGAUCCCAAGCAAGAUCCGAAGUCGGCAAAGGACCCAAGCAAGGCUGAUGAGAAGGAAGACGAUAAGGAUGAGCCUGAGGCGUCUCCGAAGAAGGGAUCGACCGAUCCCAAGCAAGAUCCGAAGUCGGCAAAGGACCCCAGCAAGGCUGAUGAGAAGGAAGAUGACAAGGAGAAGCCUGAGGCAUCUCCGAAGAAGGGAUCAUCCGAUCCUAAGCAAGAUCCAAGCAAGGCUGAUGAGAAGGAAGACGACAAGGAGAAGCCUGAGGCAUCUCCGAAGAAGGGAUCGACCGAUCCCAAGCAAGAUCCGAAGUCGGCAAAGCACCCAAGCAAAGCUGACGAGAAGGAAGACGACAAGGAGAAGCCUGAGGCAUCUCCGAAGAAGGAUUCUAAGCAAGAUCCGAAGUCGGCAAAGGACCCAAGCAAAGCUGAUGAGAAGGAAGACGAUAAGGAUGAGCCUGAGGCAUCUCCGAAGAAGGGAUCGACCGAUCCCAAGCAAGAUCCAAAGUCGGCAAAGGACCCCAGCAAGGCUGAUGAGAAGGAAGACGAUAAGGAGAAGCCUGAGGCAUCUCCGAAGAAGGGAUCAUCCGAUCCUAAGCAAGAUCCAAGCAAGGCUGAUGAGAAGGAAGACGACAAGGAGAAGCCUGAGGCAUCUCCGAAGAAGGGAUCGACCGAUCCCAAGCAAGAUCCGAAGUCGGCAAAGGACCCAAGCAAAGCUGACGAGAAGGAAGACGACAAGGAGAAGCCUGAGGCAUCUCCGAAGAAGGAUUCUAAGCAAGAUCCGAAGUCGGCAAAGGACCCAAGCAAAGCUGAUGAGAAGGAAGACGAUAAGGAUGAGCCUGAGGCAUCUCCGAAGAAGGGAUCGACCGAUCCCAAGCAAGAUCCGAAGUCGGCAAAGGACCCAAGCAAGGCUGAUGAGAAGGAAGACGACAAGGAGAACCCUGAGGCGUCUCCGAAGAAGUUACCGAUCGAUCCCAAGCAAGAUCCAAAGUCGGCAAAGGACCCCAGCAAGGCUGAUGAGAAGGAAGACGAUAAGGAUAAGCCUGAGGCAUCUCCGAAGAAGGGAUCGUCCGAUCCUAAGCAAGAUCCAAGCAAGGCUGAUGAGAAGGAAGACGACAAGGAGAAGCCUGAGGCAUCUCCGAAGAAGGGAUCGACCGAUCCCAAGCAAGAUCCGAAGUCGGCAAAGGACCCAAGCAAGGCUGACGAGAAGGAAGACGACAAGGAGAAGCCUGAGGCAUCUCCGAAGAAGGAUUCUAAGCAAGAUCCGAAGUCGGCAAAGGACCCAAGCAAAGCUGAUGAGAAGGAAGACGAUAAGGAUGAGCCUGAGGCAUCUCCGAAGAAGGGAUCGACCGAUCCCAAGCAAGAUCCGAAGUCGGCAAAGGACCCAAGCAAGGCUGAUGAGAAGAAAGACGACAAGGAGAACCCUGAGGCGUCUCCGAAGAAGUUACCGAUCGAUCCCAAGCAAGAUCCAAAGUCGGCAAAGGACCCCAGCAAGGCUGAUGAGAAGGAAGACGAUAAGGAGAAGCCUGAGGCAUCUCCGAAGAAGGAAUCGACCGAUCCUAAGCAAGAUCCGAAGUCAGCAAAGGACCCCAGCAAGGCUGAUGAGAAGGAAGACGACAAGGAGAAGUCUGAGGCAUCUCCGAAGAAGGGAUCGACCGAUCCCAAGCAAGAUCCGAAGUCGGCAAAGGACCCAAGCAAGGCUGAUGAGAAGGAAGACGACAAGGAGAAGCCUGAGGCAUCUCCGAAGAAGUUACCGAUCGAUCCCAAGCAAGAUCCAAAGUCGGCAAAGGACCCCAGCAAGGCUGAUGAGAAGGAAGACGAUAAGGAGAAGCCUGAGGCAUCUCCGAAGAAGGAAUCGACCGAUCCUAAGCAAGAUCCGAAGUCAGCAAAGGACCCCAGCAAGGCUGAUGAGAAGGAAGACGAUAAGGAUGAGCCUGAGGCGUCUCCGAAGAAGGGAUCGACCGAUCCCAAGCAAGAUCCGAAGACGGCAAAGGACCCAAGCAAGGCUGAUGAGAAGGAAGACGAUAAGGAGAAGCCUGAGGCAUCUCCGAAGAAGUUACCGAUCGAUCCCAAGCAAGAUCCAAAGUCGGCAAAGGACCCCAGCAAGGCUGAUGAGAAGGAAGACGACAAGGAGAAGCCUGAGGCAUCUCCGAAGAAGGGAUCGACCGAUCCUAAGCAAGAUCCGAAGUCAGCAAAGGACCCCAGCAAGGCUGAUGAGAAGGAAGACGACAAGGAGAAGCCUGAUGCGUCUCCGAAGAAGGGAUCGAUCGAUCCCAAGCAAGAUCCGAAGUCGGCAAAGGACCCAAGCAAGGCUGAUGAGAAGGAAGACGAUAAGGAUGAGCCUGAGGCGUCUCCGAAGAAGGAAUCGACCGAUCCCAAGCAAGAUCCGAAGUCGGCCAAGGACCCCAGCAAGGCUGAUGAGAAGGAAGACGACAAGGAGAAGCCUGAGGCGUCUCCGAAGAAGUUACCGAUCGAUCCCAAGCAAGAUCCAAAGUCGGCAAAGGACCCCAGCAAGGCUGAUGAGAAGGAAGACGACAAGGAUAAGCCUGAGGCAUCUCCGAAGAAGGGAUCGUCCGAUCCUAAGCAAGAUCCAAGCAAGGCUGAUGAGAAGGAAGACGACAAGGAGAAGCCUGAGGCAUCUCCGAAGAAGGGAUCGACCGAUCCCAAGCAAGAUCCGAAGUCAGCAAAGGACCCAAGCAAGGCUGAUGAGAAGGAAGACGAUAAGGAUAAGCCUGAGGCAUCUUCGAAGAAGGAAUCGACCGAUCCCAAGCAAGAUCCGAAGUCGGCAAAGGACCCAAGCAAGGCUGAUGAGAAGGAAGACGACAAGGAGAAGCCUGAGGCAUCUCCGAAGAAGGGAUCGACCGAUCCUAAGCAAGAUCCGAAGUCGGCAAAGGAGCCGAGCAAGGCUGAUGAGAAGGAAGACGACAAGGAUAAGCCUGAGGCAUCUCCAAAGAAGGGAUCGUCCGAUCCUAAGCAAGAUCCAAGCAAGGCUGAUGAGAAGGAAGACGACAAGGAGAAGCCUGAGGCAUCUCCGAAGAAGGGAUCGACCGAUCCCAAGCAAGAUCCGAAGUCAGCAAAGGACCCAAGCAAGGCUGAUGAGAAGGAAGACGAUAAGGAGAAGCCUGAGGCAUCUUCGAAGAAGGAAUCGACCGAUCCCAAGCAAGAUCCGAAGUCGGCAAAGGACCCAAGCAAGGCUGAUGAGAAGGAAGACGACAAGGAGAAGCCUGAGGCAUCUCCGAAGAAGGGAUCGACCGAUCCUAAGCAAGAUCCGAAGUCGGCAAAGGAGCCGAGCAAGGCUGAUGAGAAGGAAGACGACAAGGAGAAGCCUGAGGCAUCUCCGAAGAAGUUACCGAUCGAUCCCAAGCAAGAUCCAAAGUCGGCAAAGGACCCAAGCAAGGCUGAUGAGAAGGAAGACGACAAGGAGGAGCCUGAGGCAUCUCCGAAGAAGUUACCGAUCGAUCCCAAGCAAAAUCCGAAGUCGGCAAAGGACCCAAGCAAGGCUGAUGAGAAGGAAGACGACAAGGAGAAGCCUGAGGCAUCUCCGAAGAAGGGAUCGACCGAUCCUAAGCAAGAUCCGAAGUCGACAAAGGAGCCGAGCAAGGCUGAUGAGAAGGAAGACGACAAGGAUAAGCCUGAGGCUUCUCCGAAGAAGGAAUCGAUCGAUCCCAAGCAAGAUCCGAAGUCGGCAAAGGAUCCAAGCAAGGCUGAUGAGAAGGAAGACGACAAGGAUAAGCCUGAGGCAUCUCCGAAGAAGGGAUCGACCGAUCCCAAGCAAGAUCCAAAGUCGGCAAAGGAGCCGAGCAUGGCUGAUGAGAAGGAAGAUGACAAGGAGAAGCCCGAGGCAUCUCCGAAGAAGUUACCGAUCGAUCCCAAGCAAGAUCCAAAGUCGGCAAAGGACCCCAGCAAGGCGGAUGAGAAGGAAGACGACAAGGAUAAGCCUGAGGCGUCUCCGAAGAAGGAAUCGACCGAUCCCAAGCAAGAUCCGAAGUCGGCAAAGGACCCAAGCAAGGCUGAUGAGAAGGAAGACGACAAGGAGAAGCCUGAGGCGUCUCCGAAGAAGGGAUCGACCGAUCCCAAGCAAGAUCCGAAGUCGGCAAAGGAGCCGAGCAAGGCUGAUGAGAAGGAAGAUGACAAGGAGAAGCCUGAGGCAUCUCCGAAGAAGUUACCGAUCGAUCCCAAGCAAAAUCCGAAGUCGGCAAAGGACCCAAGCAAGGCUGAUGAGAAGGAAGACGACAAGGAUAAGCCCGAGGCAUCUCCGAAGAAGGAAUCGAUCGAUCCCAAGCAAGAUCCGAAGUCGGCAAAGGAUCCAAGCAAGGCUGAUGAGAAGGAAGACGACAAGGAUAAGCCUGAGGUAUCUCCGAAGAAGGAAUCGACCGAUCCCAAGCAAGAUCCGAAGUCGGCAAAGGACCCAAGCAAGGCUGAUGAGAAGGAAGACGACAAGGAGAAGCCUGAGGCAUCUCCGAAGAAGGGAUCGACCGAUCCCAAGCAAGAUCCGAAGUCGGCAAAGGACCCAAGCAAGGCUGAUGAGAAGGAAGACGACAAGGAGAAGCCUGAGGCAUCUCCGAAGAAGUUACCGAUCGAUCCCAAGCAAAAUCCGAAGUCGGCAAAGGACCCAAGCAAGGCUGAUGAGAAGGAAGACGACAAGGAGAAGCCUGAGGCAUCUCCGAUAAAGGAAUCGACCGAUCCCAAGCAAGAUGCAAAGUCGGCGAAGGACCCCAGCAAGGCUGAUGAGAAGGAAGACGACAAGCCCACUGCUAGAAACGGACCUAGUCCCGCUCAAUUUUCUCCAGACGGACCACCAUUUGAAGAUGAAUCACAUUCACCGAGUAAUAUUAAAGUUAGCGACUCUAACGAUGUGGCUCCUUCCAUUAGCAGAGUGCUGCCGGUGGCACAAGAGCCAUUGCUGAUCAACGUUCCUGACGUAGCUCCGGAGAAGCAAGCACCGGCUGCUCCGAAGGCGGCUCCUUCUUCCGUAAAUAGUGACGUUUACGAUGAGGUUGAUGACGACGCAGACACUGACGCAGUGGAUGCGGUAGCACCUGGUUCAUCGAAAACACCAGAACAGGAUAGCUGUAUUGAGAUCGUGUUAAAGGUGCCCGCCGACGCACGCCACGUCGUCGUACGUACGGAUGAUCCCAAGUUCAAAUCACAGGGUUCUGCAUCGACUAGCGACAUGGUGCGUAAGAUUGCCCCAGGGGUGUAUGACAUUGUGCUGAGCAAGUUCAACAAGGUGACGUUGGAGCAGUAUGGCGAACCGAAGGGCGUGGAAGAAUCGGGUCCGUUCAGUUUGGGCAAGUCGUUCAACUACAACGACCUUUCCGCAAAGCCGAAGGACUCCAAGAAACGUCCAUCAAACAGCGGUAAACCGUACCUUCCCAAGCAAGGCAAAGCGUUGGAAGAUGAGGAGAAUUCGAGGUAUCGUCGACGUAUACCGGAUCGAUUCUUGGCCAUUGGAAGAGGCGCGUAG